CUUAGAAUCGCAGAUCACCAUCAACGAAGCGCCUUCGCCGGGACGAUAUUCGCUUCGAGCAGACCAAGCCAUCGUUUUUCUUCAAUAUGGGGGUAAGUGUGUACUAACGAAGAUAUGAUCGAUUCAUUUCCGAAAAUUUUAAUUCCAACUUUUCAAUCUGGGGUUUAUGUUUACACUCUCCAAUGGAAGCCGGCGCCCGAUUAAAAUGUUGAACCCUUCGUAUGAAUUCGUCUCUUAUGAUAUAAUUUCGCUGGAUAUGGUUACUCGCUUUUAGUCAACCUUUCCUGUUCUUAGCUAUUCUUCUAGAUCUCCAUUACGUACAGAACCUCACGGUUCGAGGUCUUAAACUUAGGCUAUGAACAUGUUAUCGUUAUUCAUUUUCGUACGUAACAGACCGCGCGAGAAUUCCUUCACAAUUCUUGAUUUCUCGAAAACUGAAAGUAAAUACUCCGCUCACAUUUAGAUGUAAAUAAUUUAAUAUUCCAUCUCAGUAAACUCUCAUCAACUUCCUGAACUAGAGUCGACUCAAAUUCGAUUUUUUUCGGUCGCUACAAUAAAUAUCCGUGCGUUGUACCUUCCGGCAAUUUCCGGGAAUAUUGAAGGGCCCAACACGAUAUCUCAUGCACGUCUAAUCCAUCUGUACGGCAGCAGUAGUUGUAAAACGUCUCUUAAACUCGGUAUCUUACACGUUAGGACCGCCAUAAUUUACGGUCCAAUGUAACUUGGCCAACGGACUAAAAUUCGUUUUCGUUUUUCUUCAAGUAGCGCUGUCUUUGCAUUAUAUGAUCUAUAAGUUCUUCCAAGGUCAGUAGGACGGUACCUAAUAUCCAAUGCUACACAACUGAAUUCAGUCUCAAGGAUUAGGCAUACACGGAUUCACAUUUGUUUCUAAGGUACCAUGUCAGUUGAGGGAGGACUUCGCGUUCAGAGCUUCGAGUUGAGGUGUUGUCCUCCUAAGGAAAAACCACUGCACUCAGAAACCAUCCAAUACUUCUUUUGUGUAUUAAUAGAAACCUAAUGCGGAUAUAAACCUCUUCCAUUUAUGCUUACAUUUAUUUUUUUAUAAAUGUAGUUAUUUGAUGUUGCUAGGAUAGCAUCCUGAUCAACAGCCCGGUAUAAUUAUAUUUCAAAAUACACUUUCCCUUCAGAAUAUCCUAUUCGGUUCUAGCGAGGAGACUCAAUACACUUAUACGGAUAACACGAACGAAGAAAGGCGAAGAGCAAUGGAGAGAGAGGCAAGACGGCUGGAGAAUGAACGAAAGCAACGCGAAAAAGAAGAGAGAGAACGUAUAGAAAAAGAAAAGCAACAGGAGGAACAGAGGCACAGAGAGAGACUCAGGCGACAGCGACAAAAGGAAAUAGAGGAAGAAGAAAAGCUAAGGAAAGAGGACGAACAGAAAAGAUUGGAAUUGGAGGCCGAACUUUGCCGACUUCGGUAUCAGUUGGAAACUUACCAAUUUGGUGACAAGAUUAAACUGGAUAGUUUCCUAGGACUGGAAAUUGAUGAUGUAACCCAGCUCAGGAUCGGUGUGUUUGGCUCCACGGGUUCAGGGAAGAGUUGCUUCAUCAAUACAGUUGAACGAGUGGUGAGACAAACAAACAAGGGUUCCGUCCCAGACCAGUCCAGAGGAAAUGAGGGGACCAUUGUACUCCAGGACUACCUGCCAGAGCUAUUUUUUCACUUGGUGGACACCCGAGGUUUCUUCAUGUACGACUCUGAUGAAAUCAUCGAGUUUCAAAAUGUUCUGAACGGGAAAAUUCAGCCUGGUGAUAUCAUCGUUCGCCCUGGAACAGGCCAAGUCGACAAACAAGAAAUGUAUCGAUGCCCAAACUUUGGACAAAGACUGCAUGGUGCUAUCAUUGUUGUGAAAGCCAACGACGCAAGACUGAAGAGCGGGGCCUUGAGGCAACACUGGAACCGAUUUCGAAGUAUCCUGCGUGAAAGUGGUAUUGAUUGCAUUUGCAACAAUUUCUUGAAUUGCUCAUGACUAAACGAGAACCAUCUUUCUUUAAUUUGGUAUUGCAUCACCGAGCUCACAAUUUACCACCUUUCGUAUACCAUUUAUCAACACAAAGCUUUCGACACUUCUGAUCCUAGCAGUAUGUAGGAUAGGUGUCACACAUGAACCUAAUAAUAGCCUACGUGCAUCGGAGCACGGAACUCGUAAGCCACAAAAAACGUUGCAAUUCCCUCUGAAGUUUUUAGCGGUGUUUAAGCGACCUCCAAACUCACUGUUUUUGUCUUUAACAGGUAUUGCACCCAUCACUGUAAUUACUCACUGCGACGCACUGAAAAGUGAGAACGACAAGGAGAAGGCUCUGGAUGAUGCAUAUAAAGCCACCAAUAGCUGGCCAAGUCAUACAUUCUUGACGUGGAACUACACAAAAAACAACUCUGAACAAAACCUGGAAAUAGAGCGAAUGACAUUCGACAUCUUGCACUAUGCUCUGAUUACCGCAGAAAGAGCUGUGAAGCAAAUGAAGAUCCGGGAGAGAAACAAAAGAGAAGAUGACAUGAUGAGGGCACGGAGGGGCAUGUCAGUCAGUGGACAAGUGGCACCUGACUCUCCCGAUGGUAAAAUGACAUUUGAAGUUUUAAUUAGCACCUACCUUCCUCCAUCAAAGGCAGGACUUCGUCGAAAACCCUCUUUUUAAGCAUAUAUUGUGUUUCUCCGUGCCCAAUGAUGAAAGCGCCAAUUGCGGAGGGUCGAUUUUGAUUCUCUGUUCUUUCAACCAGUUUUUGGUAAUUUCUGAACGUGCCUACAUAUAAAAAAGAAAAACAAAUUUUCUCCAAAUUAUUGUUUGACCCAUACGGAAAGGGGGAUGGAUUUGAAGUUGAUAGGAUCGAGGUUUAAUCACGAUUGUGACACUGAUUUAGAGGACGUGUAAAUUUGCAGACUUCACAGAACGGAUCCAAACUAGUCAUAACACAAACACAGGUUAUCUUAGCUUUCUUGGAAACGUCAAAAAUUGGAAAAUCCCCGCGCAUAAUUUAUUCACUUCUAUACAUCCUCUAACAACGUUCAAACUCAAGCGGCUCUCACAUCUCAACUUCCUUCUUUCUGUUUACUCUGCAGCUUCAGUAGAAGUGUUUCUUCGUUUUCUCCAGAAGGAACACAGAUGGAGCACAACUUACAUUGAAAGGAUAUCGAGCCAGUUAGUCAAAGAGAACAUAACAACUGUAAAUUUGCUUGCAAAGUGUUGGAGUCAUGUCCAACACUGCUUUCCCGGUGGCAUGCGCAGAAUGAUGGAGAAAGAGCUGAGAGAACGAGGGAUGCUAACUUGA